AUGAUCGUUGAUAAUCCCGAUUAUGACUAUUCUCAUUCUUCGGUUUACUUUAAUGGGUUUCUUCAUUGGAUUAUUAAGAAGAAAAACGGUUCGAACGUAAUUGUUGCUUUUAGUUUAGCAGAUGAGUGUCUUAGUGAAGUCCCAUCACCCAAUUGCGGUAAUCAUACAGAUAUCAUGUCUAGCGAUUUUUGCCAACUUGUUGUUCUUGGUGGAAAACUUGCCAUUUAUAGUGAGCAAAAUAUUGACCUUUGGUUGAUGAAAGAGUAUGGUGUUAAUGAAUCUUGGACUAAUAUUUCACUUGAUGUGUUUUGGAACCAUGAACUUUGCAUUAGGGAUUCAAUGAUUUUUUAUGACAAUGGAAAAAUUCGGGUGGCAAGUGGAAAGACAAAACAAAUGUUGAUAUAUGAUUUUGAAAAAGGGAAAUUUAGUAACGAUGCUUAUGUUUGGAGGUGGAAGUUUCAUCUUUUUGGUAGUUAUGUUGAAAGUCUUGUUUCACCAAAAAGACAAAAUAUAAGCUCAACAGCCAAUACCAGGAAACUUAGACUCCGUUGGCAAUCCUUGGAGAUUACUCAGGAAACGAAGAAAGUUACAAAGAUUAUGCGAAUCGAAAAAUGCUAG